UCGGGCAUCGGAAGGGUUUGAAUUGGCUGCCGCUAGCAAUCUUAUAAUGGAGGAGAAGACUGAUAAAGAGAAUCCCCUCGACACUGCUCUCAUCGAGUCCUUGUCGGUGAGAAAGGGACAUGUCCGCAACCGGAGAUGGUCCUGGUACUAUGCCCCCUCCUUCCUGCUCCUCUGGUUGGCGCUCUUCUACGCCAUCGUGAUACCGCUUUACUACAGACUCCCGGACAGGUUGACCGUCUCCCGGGAAUCUCUCAAUCCUGGAACAUUCGUGGCGGAACGGGCACAGCAACAGCUAUAUACCUACGAUCGGAUUGGACCCAAAGUAACCGGCAGUUAUGCGAAUGAGGUGACCACUGUUGCGUUUCUAGUGAAUGAAAUAGAAAAGAUCCGUGCCGAGAUGCGCAGUGAUCUCUACGAUCUCGAAAUAGAUGUCCAGUCACCAACGGGCGGAUACGUGUUCAACGAUAUGGUAAACAUGUAUCAGGGUAUUCACAAUGUGAUCGUCAAACUGAGUACAAAGAGUUCAGAUAGUGAGUCCUACCUGUUGCUCAAUAGCCACUUCGACUCCAAGCCAAGCAGUCCAGGUUCCGGUGACGAUGGCACUAUGGUUGUGGUUAUGCUGGAGGUCCUUCGCCAAAUGGCUAUAUCGUCGACGCCUUUCGAACAUCCCCUUGUCUUUUUGUUUAAUGGUGCCGAGGAAAAUCCGCUUCAGGGCUCCCAUGGAUUCAUUACGCAACAUAAAUGGGCAGCCAACUGCAAGGCCUUUAUCAACCUAGAAGUGGGCGGAAGCGGAGGACGUGACUUAUUGUUUCAGAGUGGUCCCAAUAAUCCUUGGCUCAUGAAAUAUUAUAGGCAGCACGCGAAGCACCCGUUUGCCACCACAAUGGCCGAGGAGAUCUUUCAGAGUGGAAUUUUACCCUCUGACUCAGACUUUCGAAUUUUCCGGGAUUUCGGGAAUAUACCUGGGCUCGACAUUGCCCAGAUUGAGAACGGUUAUGUAUACCACACGGUAUUCGAUACUGUCGAGGCGGUUCCUGGACGAUCCAUACAGAACUCUGGAAACAAUGUCCUUGCUCUAGUGCGUGCAUACAGCAAUGCCAGUGAGUUGUACGGAACAGAGAGUGAUGAUGGCCACGCAGUGUUCUUUGACUUUCUGGGCUUGUUCUUUGUGUACUACACCGAGACCACUGCUAUUAUUCUGAACUGCCUGAUUGGAGUGAUAUGUCUGGUUUUGGUUGGUAGUUCUCUUUGGAGAAUGUCUCGCCAGUCGGAGGAGGUAACGCUUCCUCAGCUAUCGAUUUGGUUCCUCAGUAUCCUGGGACUGCACGUGGUGGGAUUUUUGCUGAGCAUAUGCCUGCCUCUCUUGAUGGCUGUCAUUUUCGAUGCUGGAGAUAGGUCCUUGACUUACUUCACUAGCACCUGGCUAGUAUUUGGUCUCUUCGUUGUUCCCGCAAUUAUCGGUCUCGUACUCCCAUUGACCCUGUACUAUACCCUGAAGCCCAAUGAUCAACUUAGCCACGCCUACCAUCUCCAGUUGAGCCUGCACGCCCACUUGGUUGUCCAAGCUCUGCUGGCUCUUAUUUUGACUGCCAUGGGUAUUCGAUCUCAGUAUCUGUGCCUGAUUUCGAUGAUCUUUUAUGGGGGUGCACUUCUGAUUAACCUAGUGAGCACGCUGCACGAUCGUGGCUACUAUUGGGCUUUGAUUGUGAUGUGUCUUCAGGUGUUACCCUUUUCUUACUUCUGCUACAUUUUCUACAUGUUCUUUGUGAUAUUUGUUCCGGUAUUGGGAAGGAAUGGUGCCAAUACAAAUCCCGACCUUAUUAUUGCCCUGGUGUGUGGUGUGUGCGUCUUCUUUGCCCUCGGAUAUGCGGCACAAUUUAUUAAUAUGUUCCGCUGGCCAAAGCUCAUACUCCUUGGACUUGGAGUAGUCACCUUUAUCUUCUGCAUGAUUGCGGUCUCAGAUGUGGGCUUUCCUUAUCGUCCCAAAACUAAUGUGAUGCGGGCAAACUGCUUGCACACUCGUCGAGUUAUCUACGAGUACGAUGGCUCCGUGAGUCGAAGCGAUUCCGGCUAUUAUUUCAACUAUCAGGACAGGAGGUCCUUUGAUCCGCUCCAGGACUCUGCUCUCGAUCUGACAGGAUUAGAGCCCGUUGCGAAUAACUGCGACAAUUAUGUGAUGUGCGGCAUUCCUUGCUUCUAUUACAGUUGGUGCAAGUGGCGCCAGUGGGAUGGAUGGCUGCCUCGCGAAUCGGAGGUCAUCAUUCCCGGAGAACUCACCCUUGAGUUUCUGGGCAAGACGGUAUUGGAGUCUGGCACAACGGCAAGAUUCCAGUUCGAGCUGUCCGGACCACCGCACAUGAAUCUGUUUAUUCAGCCGGUGGGUUCGGCAAAGGUGGAAGACUGGUCAUUUGUGAGGAAAAUGCUGGACGAACCUGAAGAGUUCCAGCCGCCCUACCAGAUCUUCCAUUCCUAUGGAACAGAUAAUUCCUCUUUAAAAUUCUUCAUCGAUAUGGAGAAGAGCGAUGGUAGUUUUAAUGACCCCACUGUGGAAAUCGCAGCUGUGGGUCACUGGGUCAGCUAUGAAUUUGAUAGGGAUCCAGAGGCUACGGCAUUUGUUGCCGCCUUUCCUGACUUUGUCCAUGUCAUGGAAUGGCCAUCUAUAUUUAACCGAUAUAUAUUUUAAGUAGUAUUUAGCUUUAGGCAUACCAUUAACAAUUGUACAAUAAAUUUCAUUCAUUAUCUGCCCGAAGGGAUCCAUAAAAAUAUGUGAAUUUAUGACUUCAGCCUUUAAGAUUUCAGAUAAGAAAAUUUUGUUUAUAUCAAAGUUAAUAUAGAACAGUUUAAUAAAAAAAAUGUCGAUACACGAGUAGCGAGCGAUACCGUCGA